AUGAAAACGAUCCUUAAGGCUCUCAUCUUGCUCCUUCAGGUGUUGCAAACGGUGCUUUCAGCUCCGCUCUCUGAAACACAGCAAGGUCCUCGAGCUAACAUCUCUACACGGAGUCUGCAAGAAGUACACUUGGCCCAGCAAAACUUUCCGUGCACUCUCUACAACGAGAUUGCUGAAUUCGCGAAUGGAACAGGAAAAAGUGCAUGGAUCUGUGAAGUUUUUGGCCAAGACGCCAAAAAUGCCGGAAGUAGCAAAACUGUCGCCAGAGCCUUGGUUGAGGGAAUGGAGCAUGUUCUAGCUGCCAAUCCAAACAUUCGAAGUGGAAAAACCACUCUGUUUGCCCAAGGGGCCGGUCUUUCCAACCACAAACUGACCAUUGGUGCUGGCAACACCCUUUCGUUUGGCGAAGUGGAUCCAACAGCUAACCGUAGACAGCGAAGGCUCUCAGCAACUAGUGGUGAUUUGGAAGUUCUAGUGGUACGAGUGAGCACUAAGGAUUCUGCCUUGACAAAGCAAAAGGCAGAAAUUAGUGGCGAUGUCUUUGGAACAAAUGGAAGCGGCGAUACCCUCAACUUGAAAAGCAUAGUGGAAGAAUGUUCCAACAAUGUGGCAAGAAUCAAUCCUGCCAGUGGAGUUGGCUCGGCUUGUGUAGGCAAUAUGGAUGCCAUCUUCCAAAUUCCAAAUUUCUCAACUAAUGUCCCUAUCAACUGCGACCUUUUCGACGACAGCUUGUGGCUUGGACGGGAAAAUAGAAAUUUUUGCAAUGAAUUUGCCGACCAGGCUAGACAAGUAUCACCAACUGUCGAUUUUACGAAAACAGCAAGAACUGAAUGUUGUGUUUGCGGUGGUGGAACUACUGUUAACUAUGACAACAACGUAGUGGAUGGAGUCAUUGAUUUAGAACUGAGUAUCAAUGCCGCUGGAAGCACUAACUUUGACGUCGAAGAUGCUGCCUUGGAAGCACUGCAGGAUCUCUUUGGUGACAGACUGACCGAGAAUUUUGACAACGUCAUGCUUUGCUUGCCCUUUGGAUCCCACUGGUAUGGUUAUCCGGGCGAUACAGAUUGGCUUGCAUAUGCAUAUUCCGGAGGGUAUCUUAGUGUGUACAAUGGCGACAAAUGGUGUGCCAAUGAAGUCACUCAAGUACACGAACUCGGACACAAUUUUGGCCUGGCCCAUUCAUGGGAAGGAGGUGUAGAAUAUGCGGACCAAACUGGAGUCAUGGGCUUUACAAUUGGGGCGCCUGAUGAUGCCCCCUUCGGAAACAGAAUGUGUUUCAACGGUGCACACUCUUGGCAGCUAGGCUGGUACACACCCUACAAUGUUGAAAUAGAUCCCUUGACCACAAACUUUGCUGGAACUUUGGUGGGGGUAGACAGAGUUCCCAAUGUGGUAAACGGUUGCGAGAAUGUUGUCUUGAAAUUGACCGAAGGCUAUUGGAACAAUUACGUUAUCUUCAAUCAUGCAGUGGGGGCGAACGGAGGCACAACUGAGCAUCGAAAUAUGGUCACGGUAACUUCCAUGAGCAUCGAAAGCACCGCAUCUUAUAUGGAAGCGAAAAUAUCCGGCGGCUCUUUCAUAACGUUUGCUAACUGGGCCUACAGUGGACAAUCGGUAACAGUUAUGGUGACAUCUAUCGACACGGAUGCUGCCACUGGAAGUGCGGUUGUUGAAGUAUGGAAAGGAGGAAUCAACGAUCGCCCAUCUCCACAAUUUGCUUGUGCUCCGGGUCCAACGUCUGGCCCAACCUCGGGACCUACUAAUGGACCCACAGUUGUGCCUACCUCUGGUCCAACAAGCGGGCCGACAUCAGGACCCACUAGCGGACCCACAGUUGUGCCUACCUCUGGUCCAACAAGCGGGCCGACAUCAGGACCCACUAAUGGACCCACAGUUGUGCCUACCUCUGGUCCAACAAGCGGGCCGACAUCAGGACCCACUAGUGGACCCACAGUUGUGCCUACCUCUGGUCCAACAAGCGGGCCGACAUCAGGACCCACUAGUGGACCCACAGUUGUGCCUACCUCUGGUCCAACAAGCGGGCCGACAUCAGCACCUACUCAUCGUUCAACGCGUGUGCCAUCGUCAGGACCAACAAGUGGGCCCACACCUGCUCCUACGAGUUUCCCUACAAGUGGACCCACCUCUGGGCCUACCUCUGGUCCAACCUCUGGGCCUACGUCAGGACCAACAAGUGGACCCACCUCUGCUCCUACCUCUGGUCCAACAUCUGGACCUACCUCUAGGCUCACACCUGCUCCUACCUCUGGGCCUACUUCAGGACCAACAAGUGGUCCCACGUCCGCUCCUUCCUCUGGUCCAACAUCCGGACCCACCUUUGGGCCUACACCUGUUCCUACCUCUGAGCCGACUUCUGGCCCCACAUCGGGUCCGACACCCCCUCCAGUUGCGAAAGACAAUGGACCGACAACCGAAGCAAAUGGCGAUCCCCACUUCAAGACAUGGAAGAACGAGCACUUUGAGUUCCACGGGCAGUGUGACGUGGUCAUGACAAAGGUCGAGAACUUUGCCAACAAGGAGAACAACAACCUUGAGAUACAACUUCGUACUAGCAUGAUCCGAUACUGGAGCUACAUCAAGACUGCUGCUAUUCGCAUUGGUAAUGAUAUCCUCGAGGUUGAGGGAUCGGUUGAAAAGGAAGAUGGUAUCGACAAGCGUCACUACCGCAUCAAUUUUGAAUACCUUGGACACCUCACCCAUCUUGGUGACUACCCAGUCACCAUCAACCCUCGUAACAACAAGUAUACCAUCGAUCUUGACAAAGAUUACCCUGGCCAAAAGAUCGAGAUCAAGACCUUCAAGGAAUUUGUCGGCGUCAAGAUUAUUGGUGCCACUGCAGAGUCGUUUGGAAAUGCCAUUGGAAUCAUUGGUGACUUCAAGACUGGACAUACCUAUGCCCGUGAUGGAAGCACAGUCUUACACGAUUUUAACGAUCUUGGUCUUGAGUGGCAAGUCUUGCCAUCUGAUGGCAAGUUGUUCCAUGAGAUGGCUCGCCCUCAGUUCCCUGAACUCUGCUACCUUCCCGAGGACCCUCGUGGCCAACGCAAGCGUCGAUUGGAUGAGAGUGCCAUCUCGAAAGAACAAGCUGAAACCGCUUGUGCUGGACUUGAAGAUGAGUUCAGCCGCAAGGGUUGCGUCUACGAUAUCUUGGCUACUCAAGAUUUCGAAAUGGUCGGCGCCUACUACUAG